AUGCCACCAAAGACAGGACGGGGCCGGAAGGCAGUCAGCGCUGGAAGACCUCGAAAAGACGAAUCUGGCCCCUCAGACGCACCUGCGACUGCAUCACCUUCGACCCGAGGCCAGCGCAAGUCAAGCGGAGCGACAAGGGGGGGCAAGCGACCGGCCGGCGCACCGAGAAAAUCAGACGUUCAACCUGGAGACCCAACCCCUCAAGGUCGCCCACGCCGAUACCGACCGGGAACGGUUGCCCUGAAAGAGAUCCGCAAAUAUCAGCGCUCGUACGAUCUGCUCAUCCAAAAGUUACCCUUUGCGCGACUCGUCCGCGAGGUCGCCUUGGACCUCCUCCCCACCGAGGUCGGCGCCCAAUUGCGAUGGCAGUCGCAUGCAAUCCAAGCGCUCCAGGAAGCUGCUGAAGCUUUCCUGGUCCAUCUGUUCGAGGACACCAAUCUCUGCGCCAUCCAUGCUAAGCGCGUAACAAUCAUGCAGAAAGAUAUUCAGCUUGCUCGAAGAAUUCGCGGUGCUUGGGGUGGCCUGGGUUGA